CUAUUCUCUUUAGCUCUCUCUUCUCUCAAACCCAAAGUUUUACCAUGGCAAUUUCCAAGCUUUUUUUGUCAUUUGUUUUAGCUUCCAUUGUUCUAAUUAUUACUCUAGAAGAAGCAAAUGGUGCUAUAAGUGGAAAGACUAGAAAAUUAAUUGAUAUGGCUAACAAAAAAGGACCUUAUUUAGGGUUAGUCAUUCCUAAUCUCUUUGAGAUGAACCCUCUUCUUCAACAUCCUAGUUACAAAUCUAGUGAUCUCACCAUUGAUUAUGCUGGGAGGAGAUUUCGGUUUGGAUACAUUGAUAAUCAACCAGUUGUUUUGGUUAUGACUGGACUCGCCAUGCUAAAUGCUGGCAUAACAACACAACUUUUGUUAGCAUUGUUCAAUGUUAAAGGUGUGGUGCAUUAUGGAAUUGCAGGGAAUGCAAAUCCAUCUCUAAAUAUUGGAGAUGUUGCAAUUCCUCAAUAUUGGGCACAUACUGCCCUUUGGAAUUGGCAGAGAUAUGGAGAUGGCCCUGAGAAUGAACUACCCCUUGAAGUGAAUGGAGAUUACACAAGAGAUAUUGGUUACUUGAAAAUUGCAGAAUACACAGUGAAUGUGACAAAUUGCAACUCACAUAACAAUCUUCUUAACAAUGUAUGGUACCAACCUGAAGAAGUAUUCCCUGUAUUUGGCACUCCGGAGGAUAGACAACAUAUCUUUUGGGUCCCUGUUGACCCUCGUUAUUAUGCAAUUGCCAAGAAACUCGAGGGUUUGAAACUUGUGGGGUGCUUAAACGCAACGACAUGUUUGAGUCAUCCACCCAAAGUAACAAGAGUAGCUAGAGGAACAAGUGCAAGCAUAUACUUAGAUAAUGCAGCCUAUAGAAGUUUUAUGUACAACAAGUUUGAUGUGAGUCCUGUUGAAAUGGAAAGUGCUGCUGUGGCUCUCAUUUGUUACCAACAGAAGGUACCUUACAUUGUUAUCCGUGCCCUCUCCGACAUGGCCGGAGGUGGCACUUCCCAGUCCAACGAGGCAUCGACCUUCAUCACCCUUGCUGCUACAAACUCCGUUGAAGUCACCGUCCAAUUCAUCAACCAAUUGUCUACCAAAAAAUUAUAUCAAGAUGCUACUCUCUUUUCUCUCAAACCAAUGGCAAUUUCUUCCAAGAUUUUUUUGUCAUUUGUUUUAGCUUUCAUUGUUCUAAUUAUUACUCUAGAAGAAGCAAAUGGUGCUAUUAGUGGAAAAACUAGAAAAUUAAUUGAUAUGGCUAACAAAAAAGGACCUUAUUUGGGAUUAGUCAUUCCUAAUUUAUUUGAGAUGAAUCCUCUUCUUCAACAUCCUAGUUAUAAACCUAGUGAUCUUACCAUUGAUUAUGCUGGGAGGAGAUUUCGAUUUGGACACAUUGAUAAUCAGCCUGUUGUUUUGGUUAUGACUGGACUUGCCAUGCUAAAUGCUGGGAUAACAACACAAUUGUUGUUAGCAUUGUUCGAUGUUAAAGGAGUGGUGCAUUAUGGAAUAGCAGGAAAUGCAAAUCCAUCUCUAAAUAUUGGAGAUGUUGCAAUUCCUCAGUAUUGGGCACAUACUGCUCUUUGGAAUUGGCAGAGAUAUGGAGAUGGCCCUGAGAAUGAACUACCCCUUGAAGUGAAUGGAGAUUACACAAGAGAUAUUGGUUACUUGAAAAUUGCAGAAUACACAGUGAAUGUGACAAAUUGCAACUCACAUAACAAUCUUCUUAACAAUGUAUGGUACCAACCUGAAGAAGUAUUCCCUGUAUUUGGCACUCCGGAGGAUAGACAACAUAUCUUUUGGGUCCCUGUUGACCCUCGUUAUUAUGCAAUUGCCAAGAAACUCGAGGGUUUGAAACUUGUGGGGUGCUUAAACGCAACGACAUGUUUGAGUCAUCCACCCAAAGUAACAAGAGUAGCUAGAGGAACAAGUGCAAGCAUAUACUUAGAUAAUGCAGCCUAUAGAAGUUUUAUGUACAACAAGUUUGAUGUGAGUCCUGUUGAAAUGGAAAGUGCUGCUGUGGCUCUCAUUUGUUACCAACAGAAGGUACCUUACAUUGUUAUCCGUGCCCUCUCCGACAUGGCCGGAGGUGGCACUUCCCAGUCCAACGAGGCAUCGACCUUCAUCACCCUUGCUGCUACAAACUCCGUUGAAGUCACCGUCCAAUUCAUCAACCAAUUGUCUACCAAAAAAUUAUAUCAAGAUGCUUGAUGUCUAUUACUAGUACCUUCAGUUUUUCGAAUUUGUCUCAAAAUAAGCAAAAAUCGAGAAGAUUUCUUCGGAUCGAGUCUAAUUUAUUUGUGAUUUUUCAUAUUUCAUUAAAAGUAUCGUUGCACCUAAUUUAACUAUUUACAACUUCCA